AUGGCCAAGCGGGUCCUGGAGGGUGAAGACGAUGAACUCCAUGUGUUGGACUCAGCAGCCCGGUGCGCACCGCGUGGCUUUUGGGGGGAGACCCCGGCGGGCUGUGGUAGGAGGGCGGCGGCGGCGGUUGCGGUCGGGGAAGGGAACGCCGACAAGCGUCCGAUGCGAAUUUUUGUGAAUGAUGAUCGCCACGUGAUGGCAAAGCAUUCUUCUGUUUAUCCAACCCAAGAGGAACUGGAGGCCGUCCAGAACAUGGUGUCCCACACAGAGAGGGCUCUCAAAGCUGUGUCUGACUGGAUAGAUGAGCAAGAGAAAGGAAGCGGUGAGCACGCCGAGUCUGAGAACGUGGAUGUGCCCCCAGAGGACGAGACCAAAGAAGGGGCUGGGGAGCAGAAAACGGAGCACAUGACCAGAACCCUGCGGGGCGUGAUGCGUGUUGGCCUCGUGGCAAAGGGCCUGCUGCUCAAGGGGGACUUGGAUUUGGAGCUGGUGCUGCUAUGUAAGGAGAAGCCCACGACUGCCCUCCUGGACAAGGUGGCCGACAACCUGGCCAUCCAGCUCGCUGCUGUUACAGAAGACAAGUACGAAAUACUCCAGUCUGUCGAUGAUGCUGCGAUUGUGAUAAAAAACACAAAAGAGCCUCCAUUGUCCCUGACCAUCCACCUGACCUCCCCUGUUGUCAGAGAAGAAAUGGAGAAAGUAUUAGCCGGAGAAACGCUAUCAGUCAACGAUCCCCCGGACGUUCUGGACAGGCAGAAAUGCCUUGCUGCCUUGGCGUCCCUCCGACACGCCAAGUGGUUCCAGGCCAGAGCCAAUGGGCUGAAGUCGUGUGUCAUUGUCAUCCGGGUCCUGAGGGACCUGUGUACCCGCGUGCCCACCUGGGGUCCCCUCAGAGGAUGGCCCCUCGAGCUUCUUUGUGAGAAGUCCAUCGGCACAGCCAACAGACCCAUGGGUGCCGGCGAGGCCCUGCGGAGAGUGCUGGAGUGCCUGGCGUCGGGCAUCGUGAUGCCAGAUGGUUCUGGCAUUUAUGACCCUUGUGAAAAAGAAGCCACUGAUGCUAUUGGGCAUCUAGACAGACAGCAACGGGAAGAUAUCACACAGAGUGCGCAGCAUGCUCUGCGGCUUGCCGCGUUUGGCCAGCUCCAUAAAGUUCUGGGUAUGGACCCUCUGCCUUCUAAGAUGCCCAAGAAACCAAAGAAUGAAAACCCAGUGGACUACACAGUUCAAAUCCCCCCCAGCACCACCUAUGCCAUUACACCCAUGAAACGCCCGAUGGAGGAAGACGGGGAGGAAAAGUCUCCCAGCAAAAAGAAGAAGAAGAUUCAGAAGAAAGAGGAGAAGGCAGAGCCGCCUCAGGCUAUGAAUGCUCUCAUGAGACUAAACCAGCUGAAGCCAGGACUGCAGUACAAGCUGGUUUCCCAGACUGGUCCAGUCCACGCCCCCAUCUUUACCAUGUCUGUGGAGGUAGAUGGCAACUCAUUCGAGGCCUCUGGACCGUCCAAAAAGACUGCCAAGCUUCAUGUGGCCGUUAAGGUGUUACAGGACAUGGGCCUCCCUACCGGUGCCGAAGGCAGAGACUCCAGCAAGGGGGAGGACUCGGCCGAGGAAACGGAAGCGAAGCCGGCCGUGGUGGCCCCUCCACCUGUGGUGGAAGCUGCUUCGACCCCCAGCGCCACCUUCCCCUCAGAUCCCACUGCCGAGAACGUAAAACAGCAGGGGCCGAUCCUGACCAAGCACGGCAAGAACCCUGUUAUGGAACUCAAUGAGAAGAGGCGUGGCCUCAAGUACGAGCUCAUCUCCGAGACUGGGGGCAGCCACGACAAGCGCUUCGUCAUGGAGGUCGAGGUGGAUGGACAGAAGUUUCAGGGUGCUGGCUCAAACAAAAAGGUGGCAAAAGCAUAUGCUGCUCUCGCUGCACUAGAAAAGCUGUUCCCCGAUGCCCCUCUCGCCCUGGAAGCCAACAAGAAGAAGAGAGCCCCCGUGCCUGUGAGAGGUGGACCGAAAUUUGCUGCUAAGCCACAUAACCCUGGCUUCGGCAUGGGAGGCCCCAUGCAUAAUGAAGUGCCCCCGCCCCCCAACCUCCGAGGGCGGGGAAGAGGAGGGAACAUCCGAGGUCGAGGGAGAGGGAGAGGAUUUGGUGGCGCCAACCAUGGAGGCUACAUGAACGCCGGCGCCGGAUAUGGCAGCUAUGGGUACGGAGGCAGCUCGGCAACGGCAGGCUACAGUCAGUUCUACAGCAACGGAGGGCAUUCUGGGAAUGCCGGUGGUGGCGGCGGCGGGGGCGGUGGUGGCUCCUCUGGCUACGGCUCCUACUACCAAGGCGACAACUACAACUCACCAGUGCCCCCGAAACACGCUGGGAAGAAGCAGCCCCACGGGGGCCAGCAGAAGCCCUCGUACGGCUCAGGCUACCAGUCCCACCAAGGCCAGCAGCAGUCCUACAACCAGGGCCAGUACAGCAACUACGGCCCCCCACAGGGAAAGCAGAAGGGCUAUAAUCAUGGACAAGGCAACUACUCCUCCUACUCAAACUCCUACAGCUCCCCCGGGGGCGGGGGCGGAUCAGACUACAGCUACGAGAGCAAAUUCAGUGAGUUGGCUUCCAGGGCCCCGAGGCCUGGCCGGGGUCCAGGCCAGCGGCGCAUCCCGUGGAGUGGCGGAAGCUCAGCAUUGCCCUGACCUCUUGCCGAGGGACUGGAAGGAAGCCGGGCGGUGCUGGCUGUUGGGUGGGCUGUAGGGAAACCCUGGAGGCAGGGUUCCCUUGGAGGCUACUCGUCACAGUCCAACUACAACUCCCCCGGGUCCGGCCAGAAUUACAGCGGCCCUCCCAGCUCCUACCAGUCCUCACAGGGCGGCUACGGCAGAAACGCAGACCACAGCAUGAACUACCAGUAUAGAUAA